GGGGCUGCCAGAGUCGAGCGCGGGGAAGAGCUCGCCGCCGCCGCCGCCGCUCGGUCACUGGCUGGCCGGGAUCCGGGCAGGCCGCGAGAAUCUUGCUUCACAAUACCUAAGACCAUCAAGAGAGACAAAGGGUCAAGUACCUCACUCCACCUUAUCUAAGAACAGCAAGACAGUCAUCAGGACAAGAGUGAAUAUAUGAAGGAGGAAGUGGGGGAAUCUGCUGAAGAUGAGGCGACUGAAUCGGAAGAAGACCCUGAAUUUGGUGAAAGAGUUGGAUGCCUUUCCAAAGGUUCCUGAGAGCUAUGUAGAGACUUCAACAAGUGGUGGAACAGUUUCUUUAAUAGCAUUUACAGCUAUGGCUUUAUUAACCAUAAUGGAGUUUAUGGUGUAUCAAGACACGUGGAUGAAAUAUGAAUAUGAAGUAGACAAGGAUUUUACUAGUAAAUUAAGAAUCAAUAUAGAUAUUACUGUUGCCAUGAAGUGUCAAUAUGUGGGGGCUGAUGUUUUGGAUUUAGCAGAAACAAUGGUUGCCUCUGCAGAUGGUUUAGUUUAUGAACCAGUAAUAUUUGAUCUCACUCCCCAGCAAAGAGAGUGGCAGAGGAUGCUGCAGUUAAUUCAGAGUAGGCUGCAGGAAGAACACUCCCUUCAAGAUGUGAUAUUCAAAAGUGCUUUUAAAAGUGCUUCAACAGCACUGCCACCAAGGGAGGAUAAUUCAUUACUGCCUCCAGAUGCAUGCAGAAUUCAUGGUCAUCUAUAUGUCAAUAAAGUGGCAGGAAACUUUCACAUAACUGUGGGCAAGGCAAUUCCUCAUCCCCGAGGCCAUGCACACUUGGCAGCCCUUGUGAGCCACGAUUCAUACAACUUCUCUCAUAGAAUAGAUCACUUGUCUUUUGGAGAGCUCAUUCCAGGAAUUAUUAAUCCUUUGGAUGGGACAGAAAAAAUUGCAUCAGAUCACAACCAGAUGUUCCAAUAUUUUAUCACAGUCGUGCCAACAAAACUCCAUACGUAUAAAAUUUCAGCAGAAACUCACCAGUUUUCCGUGACAGAAAGGGAAAGAGUGAUUAACCAUGCAGCUGGCAGCCAUGGGGUAUCGGGGAUAUUCAUGAAAUAUGACAUCAGUUCACUUAUGGUGACAGUAACAGAAGAACACAUGCCCUUUUGGCAGUUCGUAAUAAGACUCUGUGGUAUUAUCGGUGGAAUUUUCUCAACUACAGGCAUUUUACAUGGCAUUGGAAGAUUCAUAGUGGAAAUUAUCUGCUGUCGUUUCAAACUGGGCUCUCACAAACCUGUCCUACUUCCGGAUGGCCACAUAAACAACCACUUACCUCUAAUUACAGACAACAGUAUGCAUUAGCACCUCCUUGGGAAACUUUUUUUCUUUCUUUCUGCCUGAUACAGAAGACAAUUUUUAUAAUAAAGAAAACAUUGUGCAAUAUGUUGAGACAGUGCUCAUGGGAAGCAAAAAUCAAGCCUUUUAAAAAAACAGUCUGUGU